UAGUCUGCUUGGAGGUUAGAUACGUUGUAUAAUGUCAAGCACGUAAAUUGAUUUGAGCUUGUUUUUUUAAGUGUAUCCCUAAAUUCAAGUACGAGUUUUACCUAAAUAUUAUUUUAACCGAAGCACACAUGGCGAAGUAUAUCGCUCAAAUUAUAGUGCUGGGUGGCCAGGCCAUCGGACGUGCUUUUGCAAAGGCACUGAAGCAAGAAAUCGCCGCAUCGCAAGAAGCUGCUAGACGCGCCGGUGGUGGUCGGAAAGGAGAUCAAAGUGCUGAAUCAAAUUUGCGUACAGGUAUGACGCUGGAGGAGGCCAAGCAAAUCUUGAACAUUGACGACCUCAAGAGCGUGGAUAGCAUCAAUAAAAAUUUUGAGCAUCUGUUUAACGUCAACGAUCGAGCAAAGGGCGGCUCAUUUUAUUUACAAUCUAAAGUCUUCCGUGCCAAGGAGCGUCUGGACCAGGAACUUAAGGCACAGCAACAACAUCAGAAGACAGGUGAACAGCAGGCGGAGGAAGCACCGCAAAGCAGAGCAAGGCAAAGACGUUAACAAAAUAGUGUGUUUUCUACCUCAAAACGACGCGAGAUUUAGUUUAUAAUUAGAUUUUAAGUAGUUGUUCAUAUAAUGUUUUUCGCUUGUAAGUAUACGAAAUAAUUAUUUUGCACUUUUCAAAAGUUUGUAAUCAGCUGGUUGUGAUCAGACGACAACCCUGUCUUAUUGCAACGCAAAGUUGGCUGCGUGGAACAGCUGGUGCUUGGCAGCACUGGAGUGCAUACAAAGAAAAGAUAAAAAUUCAAUGCUACGCAGAUGUAUUGUCACAGAGUAUUUAGUUUUUUAUGUGUACAAUCAGACGUGUCGAUUGUUUGUUUAAUUGACACGGUCUAACAAGCCAAAACGCUAACGACGCAAAACAGCUGGCACAUGCGCGAAAAUACACAGAAAUUCCAGCACAAAGCAAACGAGGAAAUCAACCACCAGCACCGUUGACGACGACGAUUUUCCACAGAGAAGGUGUCUUUUGGAGCAUCGUUCUAGGAGCUCUAAUAUUGCUGCAUGUGAGACGUGCUAACAUAAAUAACUGUAAAAGAG